AUGAACGGCGCCUACGGUAUCCCAGGCGCAGGCGCAAGCGCGCCCAAGAAGCAGUCGAUGUUCCAGCAGUUCCGCGACUCGCCGGCGUACCCGGUGGUGGUGAACCUCGCGCUGUUCGGCGUGGGCGUGGCGUUCGUGCAGUCGUCGCUGAUGGACAUGAUGGCGCCACAGCUCUGA